CUUCAAGUGGGGAUUUCAAGUGCACACCGCAAAACGACAAAGCUCUUGCUUCCCUCAUCAGAGAAGACGACUCCUUUGACUCUGGCUACAAUGAUGGAGCGUUCCGCGAGCGGCGCGUUGCAAUAAUGAGUACCAGCAGCAUCAUCAGCUCCAGCCGGUGCGGUCGCAGGAUAGAGUGUUAAGAAACGAGCGUGUCACCUCGACACCUCGUGAUCCCUCGCUUGUGGAUAAGGUUAGGGUAGUCGAUUAUCAGGCUUGGAGGCGCUAAGGAGCGGGGAGCUGGCGUAGCUACGACUAGCAUCCUUGGAACGAUCCUAUCCCUUUGAAGGAGCCAGCGAAGCCGCCGAAAUGUCGCAGGCUCAGCAGCUCGCGAAUCCCGCUGCUGCCGUCACCGAGUCGUACCUUUCUAGCAUCUGGUCCUUCUGGAAGCGUCGGCGGCGCGCGAUCCUGAUAACGCUGGGCGUGGUGGGCGUGGGCGUGGGGUCGUACGUGGCGUACCAGCGGCUGCACGCGCGGCUGCUGGCGGACCAGCAGCGCAUCCAGCGCCAGCAGCAGCAGAUCCUCGAGGAGGCCAUCCGCGAGGCGGAGGAGAAGCGCCGCGCGGAGGAGGAGCGGGAAGACGCGCAGAUCCGGGCGCACUUCGAAAGCAUUCAGCGGAUAGCGGACGCGACGACGCUGCCGUCGGUGCUGCCGCACCUGCGCACGCAGCUGUUCGCCGCCAUCAACCUCACCGCCCUCACCGACGCCCUCUUCUCCUCCCGACAACACGGCGCCACCGCCGCUGCUGGUAGUGGUGCUGGCGCAGGGGGGGGGGGAGGAGGAGGAGGAGGAGGAGGAGGAGGAGGAGGAGGAGGAGAAGGGGGAGCGGCGGGUGGUGCUGCUCGUUCGGCGUUGAGCGCCCAGGAGAAGCUGCGGAUAUGGGAGGACCUGAAAGUGCUGAGUUUCUGCCGCACGCUGUGUGGCAUGUGGUCGCUGGCGCUGCUGUCACUCUUUGUGCGUGCACAGCUGAAUGUGCUUGGCAGGCGCGUCUUUCUCGAUGCCGCUGUGCGAUCCGCCAGCUCCUCCUCGUUGCAGGACCCCCAGCAGCAGGCGUGGAAGAAGCGGCAGCUGCCCAUGCGCUGCCAGCACCAGUUCAUUGCCCUCGCAGACUACCUCCCUCAGAUAGGCCUGCACGCGCUCGCCAGAGAUGCCCAGGCCUUCAUUGCUCCCAUCCUCGAAAGGCUUUCCCUCCGUGACAACGUCUCUCUCUCCCAGCUCCUCUCUCUCAUUCACGACAUUCGACUCGAAUUCGAGGGCCGAGAUUGCGCCACGUGGCAGCGCUACCUCCUCCCGUCGGACAACUACCUCCCUGCUGACCUGGCAGCCACCUCCCUUGCUGCUGACGCAUCAGCAGGAAGAGGCGUAUCGGGGCAGGGGGGGGGGGGAUGGGGGAAGGUGCAGGGGGGGCGAGGGUAGGUGGUGGUGGAGGGAUGGAGGAUGAGGAUGAGCAGGCUCUGCUUGGGGAGCUGAUGAGCGAAUUGCGACAUGUGCUCAGCAGCUAUGAGUUUCAAGAGGCCCUUUCAGCAUCCCUGGAUGCGUUGACAGAAGCUGCUCAAGAGCAUCUGGCAGCUGCCUUCCCCUCUGCUCCUCCACACACAUCCUCCACGUCCUCCUCCCCUUCCCUCUCUGCCGCUUCCUCCUCCACCUCUCCCCUCACAUCAACUUCAGCUAGCUCUGAUUACAGCACCAGCAGCACACCUAUGUACCAGAGCACAGAAGCACCAAUAGUAGCAUCCGCACCAGCGGCAACCAUCCCUUUGGCAAAGCUGUUGCCUCCAGUGGCGUCAGUGAGUGCAUCGAUGCUGGAGCUAGCUGUCGACAAUCCAUUUGUUCAGCGCAUGCUCUCCCUCCCCCCAGUGCUUGCCUUCUGCUCUGCCGUCUACAGUGCCUCCUGUGAUCCCCUCGCAUCUCCUGUUGACCAUGCUGCCAGGUAACAUGCAGUAUUGGAAGCUGGAAUGUGUCGCCCAUGGAAUGUAAAUGUUGUAUGGGUGUAGUAGCUGUAGGAGAGGAUUCGGGUUCUGGAUGUGAGGUUUUGAACUUGAUCUUUGAGGCUUUUUUUUUGGCGUUUAUAAGCUAGGGCUG